GUGCUCUUAGCCGAGCCGCAGCCUCGUCUUGGCCCUGGCCCCACGCCGGUGCUCCAUGGUGGUUGAGGGGCAGCGUUCUGCUGCGGCGCGGGGAGGCGGCGGCGGCGGCGGAGGAGGAGGAGGAGGAGGAGGAGGAGGAGGAAGGCAUGGCCGCCCAGGGGGACAGCUGCAGCGUCAAGGUGGCAGUGAGGAUCCGUCCUCAGAUGCCAAAAGAGAAGAUCGAAGGAUGUCAUAUCUGCACAUCCGUGACGCCUGGCGAGCCCCAGGUACUCCUGGGAAAGGACAAAGCCUUUACUUACGACUUUGUCUUCGACCUGGAUACUUGGCAGGAACAGAUCUACACCACAUGUGUGAACAAGCUCAUCGAGGGCUGCUUCGAGGGGUACAAUGCCACUGUGUUGGCGUAUGGCCAGACAGGUGCAGGUAAGACUUACACCAUGGGCACUGGCUUUGACGUGAACAUUACGGAAGAGGAAAAUGGCAUAAUUCCACGGGCUAUUGCACACCUCUUCAGUGGCAUAGAGGAGCGCAAGCGGGCAGCACAGGAGCAGGGUGUGACAGCCCCAGAGUUCAAAGUCAGUGCGCAGUUCUUGGAGCUAUAUAAUGAAGAGAUCCUGGACCUCUUUGAUAGCUCACGGGACCCUGAUUCCCGCCAUCGGAAGUCAAACAUCAAAAUCCACGAGGAUACCAGUGGUGGUAUCUACACCACAGGUGUCACAUCACGUCUCAUUGGCUCGCAGGACGAGCUGAUUCAGUGCCUGAAGCAGGGAGCUCUAUCCCGAACCACAGCCAGCACCCAGAUGAAUGUCCAGAGCUCCCGCUCCCACGCUAUCUUCACCAUCUACCUUUGCCAAAUGCGUGUCUGCUCCCCUGUACACUUGGUGAAUGGAGACACAAACAGUCUCCUGGAGGGAUCCCAGCCUACCAGCGAGUACGAGACGCGAACUGCGAAAUUCCACUUUGUUGACCUCGCUGGCUCAGAGAGGUUGAAGAGGACUGGUGCAACGGGCGAGAGAGCCAAAGAAGGAAUCUCCAUCAACUGUGGUUUGCUAGCACUGGGGAAUGUCAUCAGUGCCCUUGGGGAUCAGAGCAAGAGAGCCUUGCACGUGCCCUACCGAGAUUCAAAGCUGACCCGGCUCCUCCAGGACUCCCUUGGCGGCAACAGCCAAACCAUAAUGAUCGCCUGUGUGAGCCCUUCAGACCGGGAUUUUAUGGAGACUCUGAAUACUCUGAAGUACGCCAAUCGAGCUCGCAACAUCAAGAACAAAGUGGUGGUGAAUCAGGAUAAGACCAGCCAGCAGAUCAGUGCUUUGCGAGCUGAAAUCGCUCGUCUCCAGAUGGAGCUCAUGGAGUACAAAGCGGGUAAGCGCGUCAUUGGAGAGGAUGGCUCCGAAGGCUACAGUGACCUGUUCCAAGAGAAUGCCAUGCUGCAAAAGGAAAACACCACUUUGCGAAUGCGGGUGAAGGCCAUGCAAGAGGCUAUUGACGCGAUCAACGUCCGGGUCACCCACUUGAUGAGCCAGGAAGCCAACCUGAUUCUUGCCAAGGCAGGUGAUGGGAAUGAGGCUAUUGGUGCUUUAAUUCAGAACUACAUCCGGGAAAUUGAGGAGCUCAGAACAAAACUCUUGGAGAGCGAAGCCAUGAACGAGUCACUGCGUCGCAGUCUGUCGCGGGCUUCCUCCAGGCUUCCUUAUUCCCAUGGCUUGUCUCCAGGGCCUGGGUUGGGAACUCCAAAUAACUCUGUCACCUCUGUGGAGGCUGAGGCCUUGGAAGUCCUCCAGUGUGCCAAGCAAGAUGUAGAACGGCUGAAGAAGGAGACUAAACAGCGAAGGAAAAGCCCAGAGAAAGAAGGGUUUAAGAAGAGGUUGAGGCUGCAGCAGGGAAAUGAGGUAGAUGAGACGGAUGAGAAUGAGGUGGAAGAGGAGGAACGGGAUGAGAGUGGCUGUGAGGAAGAAGGUGGCCAGGAGGAGGACGAAGAAGAUGAUUCAGGAAGUGAAGAAAGCUUGGUAGAUUCUGACUCAGACGUUGAAGAAAAGGCAGCAAAUUUCCAGGCUGAUUUGGCUGACCUGACCUGUGAGAUUGAGAUCAAACAGAAACUAAUAGAUGAGUUGGAGAACAGCCAACGACGCCUACAGACCCUGAAACACCAAUAUGAGGAGAAGCUUAUUCUACUGCAGAACAAGAUCCGUGACACCCAGCUAGAGAGGGACAGGGUCCUGCAGAAUCUCAGUUCCAUGGAAUGCUACACAGAGGAGAAGGCCAACAAGAUCAAAGCAGACUAUGAAAAACGUCUAAGGGAGAUGAAUAGGGACCUGCAGAAGUUGCAGGCAGCCCAGAAGGAACAUGCUCGCCUCCUCAAGAACCAGUCUCGAUAUGAGCGAGAACUGAAAAAACUGAAUGCAGAAGUGGCAGAGAUGAAGAAAGCUAAGGUGGCGCUGAUGAAACAAAUGCGUGAGGAGCAGCAGAGACGGAGACUGGCAGAAACCAAGAGGAACCGGGAGAUUGCCCAGCUGAAGAAGGAGCAGCGUAGGCAAGAGUUUCAGAUUCGAGCGCUGGAAUCUCAAAAGCGGCAGCAGGAGAUUGUACUGCGCAGGAAAACCCAGGAGGUCUCUGCUCUGCGCCGUCUGGCCAAACCCAUGUCUGACCGGGUUGCAGGGAGGAUGAACCAGAAGCAAGCCAUGCUGGACUCAGGUGCUGAGGUCUCCACCAGCACCACCUCCUCAGACCCAGAAUCUGGUUCUCGUUCUGUCUCCAGCAUCGUACGCCAGUGGAAUCGGAAAAUCAACACCUUUCUGGGAGACUCUCCUUCUUCCACAAACGGGGCUCGAACCAUCAGGAAGAAGUUCCCAAAGAAAGGGGCGAACCAGACCUUCAGUAAGACAGCCCGCCUGAAAUGGCAAUCGCUGGAGCGUCGUGUCUUUGACAUUGUCAUGCAGAGGAUGACGGUUAUCAACCUGGAAUCGGAUAUGGAGCGGCUCAUCAAGAAACGUGAGGAGCUGUCGCUGAUGCAGGAGAUGCUUCUAGGGAAGAGGGAGAAACUGCAGACAGAGAACACCGAAGAGCUGAAGGGUCUGCAGGAGCUGAAUGAGGAGAUUGAAGUGCUGGCUGCCAACAUCGACUACAUCAACGACAGCAUCUCUGACUGCCAGGCCACCAUCAUGCAAAUUGAGGAGACCAAGGAAGAAUUGGAUUCUACUGACACCUCUGUGGUGAUCAGUUCCUGCUCCUUGGCUGAAGCACGGCUCUUGUUGGACAAUUUCCUCAAGGCAUCCAUAGACAAGAGCCUGCAGGUAGUCCAGAAGGAAGCUCAGAUCCGGCUACUGGAAGGACGCCUGAGACAAACCGAUGUGACUGGCUCCUCUCAGAACCAUCACAUCCUGGAUGCCCUACGGGAGAAGGCAGAAUCACACCCUGAGCUCCAGGCGCUCAUCCACAAUGUGCAGCAAGAGAAUGGUUAUGCCAGCACAGAUGAGGAAGUCUCCGAAUUCAGCUUGGCCUCAGAAGGGAGCUUUUCCCAGUCUUUCUCCAUGAAGGGCUCUGCUAGUCAGGAUGACUUCAAGUGCAGGGGGGAGCCCAAGCUGUCUGGCCAGAUGAAGGCUGUGUCUGCAGAGUGUCUGGGGCCCACCUUGGACCUCUCCACUAAGAACAUCACCAAGUCGUUGGCAUCCCUCAUGGAGAUCAAAGAGGAUGGCAUUGGCUUCUCCAUCCGUGACCCUUACUACAAGGAGAAGGUCUCCCGCACCAUCAGCCUGCCCAUCCGAGGGAGCACAUUCCCUAGACAGUCACGCGGUGCAGACACCUCACCUCUCACAAGGAGGAAGUCAUAUGACCGGGGUCAACCGAUCAGGAACCCAGAUGUUGGAUUCACUCCUCCCUCGUCCCCUCCCAGCAGGCCACGCAAUGACCGCAACGUCUUCUCUCGCCUCACCAGCAACCAGAGCCAGGGCUCAGCACUAGACAAGUCUGAUGACAGUGAUUCCUCUGUCUCGGAGGUGCUGAGGGGCAUCAUUAACCCUGUGGGAGGUUCCAGGAGUGCCCGGACGGCCCCCCUGCAGUGCAUCUCUGUGGCAGAAGGACACACCAAGCCAGUACUGUGCCUGGAUGCUACUGAUGAAUUGUUGUUCUCUGGAUCCAAAGAUCGGAGUUGCAAGAUGUGGAAUUUGGUGACCGGCCAGGAAAUUGCUUCUUUGAAAGGCCAUCCAAACAACGUGGUCUCCAUAAAGUACAGCAGCCACUCUGGCCUGGUAUUCACGGUCUCUACCUCUUACAUCAAAGUUUGGGACAUCCGGGAUUCUGCCAAGUGCAUCCGCACUCUCACGUCAUCAGGCCAAGUGAUUUCCGGGGAUGCCUGUGCUGGGACCACUACCCGUACCAUCACCAGUGUGCAAGGCGAGCACCAGAUCAACCAGAUUGCGCUUAACCCCACAGGCACCACGCUUUAUGCAGCCUCCGGCAAUUCCGUCCGCAUCUGGGAGCUGAACAGACUGCAGCCCAUUGGGAAGCUGACAGGCCAUAUUGGGCCUGUGAUGUGUCUCACAGUGAACAGGACUGCAAGCAACCAUGACCUGGUCGUCACAGGAUCGAAAGACCACUAUGUCAAGAUGUUCGAGAUUGCAGAAGGUGUUGGUGGAAACGUUGGCCCCACUCACAACUUUGAACCUCCGCAUUACGAUGGCAUCGAGUGCCUAGCGAUUCAGGGAGAUGUUCUCUUCAGUGGCUCCAGGGACAACGGGGUCAAGAAAUGGGACCUGGAGCAGCAGGAGCUCAUCCAGCAAAUCCCCAACGCACACAAAGACUGGGUGUGUGCUUUGGCCUUCGUGCCCAGCCGGCCUAUGCUGCUGAGCGCCUGCCGUGGCGGGUCAGUGAAGGUCUGGAACGUCGACAAUUUCACGCCCGUCGGGGAGAUCAAAGGGCACGACAGUCCCAUCAACGCCAUCUGCACCAAUUCCAAGCACAUAUUCACAGCUUCCAGUGACUGCCGGGUAAAGUUAUGGAAUUACGUGCCUGGGCUCACCCCCUGCCUUCCGCGACGCGUCCUUGCCAUCAAGGGCCGUGCUACCAGUCUGCCUUGACCCUCCUCCUCCUCCCCCUCCUGUCUUCUCUACUCUCCUGCUUACUUUUUCUUGCUGUGUUCUCCCUCCCUGUCCCCCUUUCUCUUCCCUCCCCC